AUGAUUAGUUUAACAUUGUUAACGUACUAUGCAAAAGAUGUACCUCAAUGCUUCAUUAGCUUUUCUAUUUUUAUCAAUAUCUUAUUACUAAAUCAAAUAUACCAUCAUUCGUUAGCAUAAACAGAAAUUAGCAGAUCCUUUUUUACCCCAUUCAAUUCAAAUGAUAGUAACUCUAUUUAUAAUAAUUUAGAUUGGAAAUCAUAUGAGACUAUGUCAUCAAAUCAAAUUACAGAUUGUGGAACCUCAAUGAUUUUUGGAGGUCCUUCUGUUUUUAAUUAUCAAACAGCUAUCACAAAGACUUUUGUAUUACCUCCUCAUUACCGGGUGAAGUUCGAGUUUAAAUUCUGGAGGUACGUCAAAAUGCUAUUUAUAGAUUGGAUCCCUGGACAGGUUCUUAUUAUAUUUUUUUUAUUGAUGGAGCCUAAGCAUACAAGGACCAUCCUAAUCUUUCAACUGGUACAUAAAUUUGCGGUAGUGGUACUAAUGGAUAGGUUUAUUCAAUUAGCCAAACAAUUUAUCAUAAUGGUAACAGUGCUAUAGUGACACUUAUAUCUUUACAGAUUUCAGCUUCAUGGGGAAUUUCUGAUUUCAUAUUAUCAGUAUAUAAAUGUCCAAAAGGAUGCGAUUACUGUGAUAAUAAUGAAAACUGUUUAAAUUGGAAUAGAGUGUUGGCAUAUUUUAAUAAUAUUGUUUUAAUGGAUGGUUAGGGAUGGAAAAGCGAUUUUAAUCUAUUUGAUGGGAUUUCUGAUUGUGGAAGUAUAUUAAAAUUAUAUUUAGGUUUUCAAUUUUAUGGUAAAUUUGAAAUGGCAAAAAUACUUUUAAUUGAUUUAUAUUUAUCUGAACCACACACAAAGGUUAAGAUAUAGUUUAAAUUUCUAUGUGCAUAUGUCACAGGAUCUAUUACUAUGAGGGUAGAAGCUGAUGGAGUAUUAUUAGAUAAUUCCAUAUAAUCUAUUUCUAUUAUUACUACCAAUGAUAUUAUUUGUGGUUCUUAUUUAAGACUAGAUAAAAUUCUUUUAGGAGAAUUUAUAAGUAAUGAUUAAAUUUUGACUCUUACUAUAUAAUUCUCUGAAUCUCCUUCUCCAACCAGCACAACUCACUUUUUUGGAAUUAGAGAUUUUGAGGUAUUUACAGAUGCAGAAAAAUAAUAAGUAUAAGAUGAAAGCAUAAUUUGCAACGACAAUAAUAUAAACCCUUUUGAUGGUUGUUUUUCUUAUAUUUUUGAUUGUAAUGAAGGAUGUGCUAAUUGUGUAAAGGGUCUAUGCACUUAAUGUUUAUCUCCUUGGACAUUAAAUACUAUUUUGGGAUAAUGUAUGCCAAAAUGUGGAGAUUAAAUAGUAGUCUCUUCAGAAUAAUGUGAUGAUGGAAAUUAAAAGCCAUAUGAUGGAUGUUAUGAGUGUUAGUUUUCUUGUCCUUAAAAUUGUGAAUUUUGCUAAUUUGGAAAAUGUUUGAAAUGCAACUCAUCAUAUUAAUUAAUUGAUAAUUAAUGUGAAUUUAAUUGUCAUUAAGACAAAAGUCAAAAUUUAAGUCCAUAUUCAACUUAAGAGGAAGAAGGGCAUUAUUGCUAAAUUUAUAAUUUUUUAAGUAAUACCUAUUUUCAACAUGUCAUUAUGAAUACAGGUUUUCUAUUCUUAGAUGAUUAUAAUCAAUUUAAGAUUGAUAAUCAUGGAAUAUUUGCAUAUUAAUAUAAAUUGUGUGUAUUUUAAAAACCUUAAAAUUGUAGAGAUUCCUUUUAAAAUAUUUGUUAUAAUUGUGAUGAUCAUUAUGAAUUAUCUAACAAUGGUUAAUGUAUACCUAUAUGUGGAAAUGGUAUAAUUUAAGAAUAUGAAUCAUGUGAUGAUGCUAAUUUACAACAGUUUGAUGGAUGUUAUUAAUGCUAAUUCAGUUGUUAAUUAGAAUGUUUAGAAUGCAAUAAUUCAUAUUGUUUUAAAUGUGUUGAAGGACGAAGUUUAAUUGAUUUUAAAUGUGUAUCAGAAUGUGGGGAUGGAAUAAUUGCAUUGCUAUCAUUUGAAUAAUGCGAUGACUAGAAUAAUGAAAGUAAUGAUGGAUGUUUCUAAUGUAAAUUUGAAUGUUCUUAAAAUUGCUUAUUUUGUAAUAGAAAUUUAGAUUGUUUAUAAUGUUAGAAGUAUUUUGAGAUUUAAAAUUAAGUUUGUACUCCAAUAUGUGGAGAUGGAAUUGUUAUAGAAGAGACUGAAUAAUGUGAUGAUGGUAAUGAUAUAAAAUAUGAUGGUUGUCAUGAAUGCUAAUUUUCAUGUAAAGAUAAUUGUUAGAUAUGUGAUCAAUUGGAAUGUAUAGAUCCUCAAAUAUAAAUAUGUGAAGAAAAUGGAUAUUAUUUAGUUGAUAAUUAAUGCAUUUCAAUUUGUGGUGAUUAAAUUAUUGCAAUUAAUGAACAAUGUGAUGAUGCUAAUGAAAUCUAGUUUGAUGGUUGCUAUUAAUGUGAAUUUUCUUGUCCUUUAAAUUGUUUUGAUUGCUAUAAUGGAUAAUGUUUAUAAUGUUAUAAAGAUUACCAACUUAUGAAUAAUCUUUGUAUUGAUAUAUGUGGUAAUGGUUCCAAGUCAGAAUUAGAGGAAUGCGAUGAUUUUAAUCAAGUUUCUCAAGAUGGAUGUUCAGAGAAAUGUGAAAUUGAGAUCAAUUAUACAUGUACAUAAAUAGAUUUUGAAACAAGUUAUUGUCUUGAAAUAAAGCCUCCUCAUUUCAACUUAUUAUUCAUUAAUCAAACUUAUGACUCAUAAUUUAUUUAAUUGCAAAUUACAAGCAAGGUCAAAUUACAAGAUUCUUAUUCAAACUUAACAAAAAGUUUAAAGGCUUAUCUUGUUGAUGUAAAUCCCCUGGAUUAUAUAAUUUAUUAGUAAGUAAUAGUUGAACCAAAUGCUAUAUUUGUAUAAGAUGUCAAUUACUUGUUUUAAAUUCAACUAUUGUAACAACUAACAACUAAUCUUUACUUUUAGGUUUAAUUUGACACUUUAUUAAUUGAUAAUAAUGGGUUUAAAGUAGAAAACUAAUUAUGCUAAUUACGAUUAAAGAAUCCUAUAGUAUUAACUGAAUCAUAAAGAAUGAUAUCUCAUAAAAUGAGCUCAUUAAAUAUGUAUAUGCUUAUUGGCCUUGGUGUAUCUAGCUUUAUUAUUUUAUUGUCUGGAAAUCCUAUUGAAUGUUUUGAAGUAUUGGAUACAAUGUAAUAUUAAUCUAAUUUAAAAUACAUAAAUUCAAAUUUUCCAGAAAAUGUUAUGAUUUAUUUUGAAUCUUCAGAAGUAGUAACUAUAAUACCAAUUAUGGAAAAAUUUAAGAUUCUUGA